AUGGAUACGGGCUCCGGCCCCCUCAGCCCCGUGUCCAAUCUGCUCCAGGAAGGCCCCUUCAGCUGCCCCAUCUGCCUCGACGCCCUGAAGGACCCGGCCACCAUCCCGUGCGGCCACAACUUCUGCUUGCGCUGCAUCGGAGCGCACAGGCAGCACCCAGGGGGCGUCGCCGGAGCCCAGCAAGGGACCUCCCGGUGCCCUCUCUGCCAGGAGCCUUUCCCCGCUGAUCUCCAGCUCCGGAAGAACCACACCCUGGCCGAGCUGCUGCAGAUCCGGCUGCCCGCUCCGAGCAGCCCGGCGGCGGGGUUGGCCAUGUCCCCCGAGGAGCUGCGCGCUCCCGCCGGAGACGCCUGCCGGCCCGGGAACGCCGAUAGCCGCCCUCCGCGCGAGCAGGAGGAGGAAGUGGUGCUUUGCGACUUCUGCACCGACGGGGAGCGGGCCGAGGCGGCGCAGUCGUGCCUGGUGUGCCUGGCCUCGUUCUGCGCCCCCCACCUGCAGCCUCAUCUCAAAAGCCCCGCUUUCCAAGGGCAUCGGCUGGUGCCGCCCUUGCGGCACAUCGAGGAAAGCCUCUGCAAGCUGCACCUCAAGCCCCUGGAGAGCUUCUGCCGCACCGACGGGAGCUGCAUCUGCCAGCUGUGCCGGGUCCAGGAGCACCGGAGCCAUGAGGUGGUGGCGGUGGAGGUGGAGCGGGAGCACGUGGAGGCCCAGAGACCGAAAAUCUUGAACAAUGUUGAGAAUCAGCUGGAUGAAAUUGGAGUCACUAUUUCACAGACAAGGAGGACUGUGGACCUUAUCAAAGGCACUGCCCAGAAGGAGAAGGUCAGCAAGGUCUUUGCCGAGACAGCCAGGGUCCUUGCAACUUUUCAGAAGGAAGUCCUUGGCUUCAUCGAGGAUGGGGAAAGAGCCAUGCUGAGCGGGGCAGAGGAGGAGCUGCGGCAGAAGGAAGAGAGGCGUGCCCUGCUGACCGAAUGCAGGCAGAACCUGGAGAAGGUCCCCAGCACAGAUACCAUCUCUUUCUUGCAGGAGUUUCAGGCACUGAAAAUAGCAGCUGAAGAAAAAAACAUCUCAUGUACAAGCUUCCCUAAAGAGCUGAGCUUUAUCAAAUCCAGCCACGCUGUGCUCGCAGUGAAGGAGCUGCUAGUGAACAUUUGCAAGAACCAGUGGGAUCAGCUCUCAGGGAAGGGAGAUGAAGGCCCUGUUCUGUACGGGAUGCCGGAAGUGACCAUUGGACCCCAGGUUCCUGAAAAAAGCAGCAAUCCUGCCUGUUUGGAGUCACGAGACUAUUUUCUCAAAUUUGCUUUCAUCAUCGAUUUGGACAGCGAUACUGCUGAUAAGUUCCUCCAGCUCUUUGGAACCAAGGGAGCCAAGCGUGUACUGAACCCCAUUGCCUAUCCCGAGAGCAAAACCAGAUUCAUCAACUGUGAGCAGCUGUUGGGCGAGAACGUAAUGAACCGUGGCAACUAUUACUGGGAAGUGGAGAUCAUUGAUGGCUGGGUGAGCAUUGGGGUCAUCACGGAGGAUUACAACCCACAGGAAUCAUAUGACACGGGCCGUCUGGGCAGGAACGAGAAGUCCUGCUGCCUGCAAUGGAACGGGCAGAACUAUGUCGCUUGGUUUGGCGGCUUUGACUGUGUGAUACAGCAGCCUUUCUUCCAUACCAUCGGGGUGUACUUGGAGUAUUCAGAGAAGGUGCUGACAUUCUACGGAGUCAAAGAUUCCAAGAUGACGUGCCUGCAGCAGUUCAAAGUUGCUCGCUUCAAAAAGGGCAGUUUUGAUCCCUUCCAGAAUAAGAUCAACCACCAGUUUCCAACCCUCUUCACACACAACCUCAAACCAGCCUUUUUCCUCGAAAGUGUAGAUGCCCACAUGCAGCUUGGGCCUUUAAAAAAAGACUGUGUUUCAGUGCUGAAGCGACGGUAACACACUCAGUGUAUAGCAAGAGAAUAUUGGAUUCAGCAAAGAAAGUUAAAAUAAAAUCACUUUGGGGACAGUACAUCACCUUAUUGGUCUAGGGAUGUGAGACUCAUCACUUAUAAAUCUGUCACUGCCAGAUUUGAAUAAUUGGAUAGGUAUCUUUAAAAAUAAUAGACCUUUUAGUCAAAGACAUAUAAUCUUAUGGCAUAUUCACACUGGGCUUAUCCCAGAACACCUGAUGUUUUGAGUCACUGUUCUUCUCUUUCUAUAUCAAGGGUGGGUAACUUGUGGCCCUCCAGAUGCAAGAUAAAGCCUGGGCUGGAAUUCUAAUACUGCCUUCCCCAACCUGGUCUCCCCCAGAUGUUCUGGGCUACAACUCCCAGCAUCCCCUGGGGGACAGGAGCAAGAGAUUGGGCUCUUUUAGCAUCUGUAAGGCCAUUGAGUCCAACAUAUGUUAUUUCUUUUCAAGCAGUAGGUGGAAGACCUAAAGUUGUUAGCGUUUGAGUAUAGAACCAAGAAAAUGGGGUGAGAUAUACUGAUUAAGGCAGAGAAUGGAGGUUUGAACUUCUGUAUGUGGUAAAAAACUGAAGCAAAUAUAUGUCAGCCUUCCCCAAUCUGGUGCCCUCCUGUGGUGUUGGACUACAGCUCCUAUCAUUUCCCAGACAGCAUGCCAGUGGAAUUGGGUAAGGAUGAUGGGAGUUGUAAUUCAACACAUUCAGAGGGGCUGCAAGUUGGGAAAGACUGGCAUACUGAAUCAACCCUUUCCAACGCCACAACUAACAUGAGGCUGCAAACAAUAUUUCAUUUAACAUCUAGUCCUACUGAGAGCAUUGAGGAAGGGGGAGAAAUCCCAAUGUCCCCUCUAGCUGCUGCCUGAGCUAAUCUAUGAUGCAUUACAAACAUUUCUGUGGGCAUUAAGGCACUAAACCUAAACUUCUGAUUUAAACUGUUCUGUUUCAGAAUGCGAGAUGGUGGUUGAGUUGAAACAGAUUCCUUCCAUUUCUGGGAUAUCAUGAACAACUGAUUGUUACAAGACUUAAUAUAAAUGUAUGAUGAUGGAAGGGAAAAUGAAACUUGGUUAGAUUGGAAAUAGAAUUAAUGUUUAGUUCCAAGAUUUAUCUUCAUGCAUUCAUCUUCAAAAUAAUAACUGAAUUACUCUAAUGCUAGUGUACUUCGUUAUCCAUGGUAUUAGUAUUACAGAUAUGGUUGUAAGAGUUUUCUCCAGUAUUAGUCUGUAAAUUGCCUGCCCCACAAUGCUUGUUUUUUUGGUACAAAAUAAAUUCUAUUACGUACUGUAUACAGAGUGAAAAAUAUUAUGUACUGGAUUAAUCAUGAAGUUAAUUGAAUGAGUUCACUUGUUCCUGUCUACCAGCAAGAAACAAUGAGGUCACCAUAACUAUUUUCUACUUCCGCUAAUGGAAAUAACUACAGUGCAAUGGCUCACAAUCUUUGCCCAGCAUUGUUAUAUUUAAGCCUGUUAAACUUUCAGCCAGAUGCUAAGUAGAUUUAAUCAGACAUUAGUCUGUCUUGAAUCAUUGUGAGAGACUUACUUCCUGGUAAACAUGCCUGAUUGCAGCCAUAUACCUUCUCUACUGCAAUUGGCUGUUGACAGAAUGCUGUACUAGUAAUAUUGUGACUUCUAUGUUCUCAACAAGCCUUUGGGGAUCAACUGGAAUGAUCAAAAAGUUCACACUGAAGCAAACCUGGCUGUAUCCAUUGUUCCUUUAUAAGCAAAAGGGUAAAGCCAGUAUGUUUCUUUCCUUACAUAACUGUGCUAUUGAUACUCUUCCUAAACUGUGUUUCACUUUUGGAAUAGUAACUUUUUGCUUUGUCCCUCCCCACCAAAAACCAUACACAAGUUGUUGUAUAAUAAAGUGUGUGGGGAAAUAAGUGGGGAUCUAACUUCCAUUA